AUGGACAAACCGCAGGAAACCAGCAAGCCAAAGCCGGCCCCAAGCCCUCGACCCCCUCCAGGCCUUCACACAUCCAGCGGUCCACCGCCGAACGCCCGCAAAGACGGCCCCAUCUAUGCCUCACCCCAACCGUCCACUCCCCAGGGCCCAUACCAGCCCCGCACACCUGAGAAGCCCUUCUCCAUACAGUCCCGACUCCCACCGCUCUCUACCAAUGAUGAAGACGAUGCUACUGGACCCCAGACACUCCCACACUCCUCCAAGCCUCUAACUCCUGUACAGGCACAACCAGAUGAUGACACGGAAAUGGCCAACACCGGCAACCAACAAGAAGGGCACCCCAGAAGCGCCUCCUCCAAUGAGGACCUGUACCUCAACAACAGACAGGUUGUCACACUCGAUGAAGCCAUCGCCGCCAUGCCCAUCCCAGAUGUUGGCCUUCCACCCGUAUGCCUAAGCGACCCCAACUACCUACACCACAGACAGCUCCGAGAACAGCUUCUCGACUGGGAAGUUCUCCCAGGCUACGUUGUCUUCACCAUCCGCUUCUGCGCUACCUUAUGGACUGAUGAAGGACAGACAGUCUUUCUCCUCGAGCAGACACUCCACGACCUUGGGUUCACCGUCACUCGCGUCGCUGCCCCGUGUGCAGAUGGUCACCAUCGCUCUGAUAGCCCGUUCCUAUAUGCUAUCUACAACCUGUCCCAGCAGGACCACGACACUCUCUUGGACCGCUUCUGCUGGUCCACAGCCCCAUGCACCUUCUUCUGCUGGCCAUCCACACCCCAGCUGCUCCUCACAUACAUCGGCCAAUUCUGGGGCUUCAGCACCUAUGAAGAAAGUGCUAUCCGUGGGGUUUUCAUUGCGGAAUUCUCACGUAGUAAGCUCGCACAACUGCUGGCCUACCUGUUGUCAAUGCACCCCCAUUACGCCGACAUGAAGCGAGAACAGGCUAUCAGACGCCUGCUCCUGACCAUUCAAGUCACAAUACUUUGGAUGUCUGACUCCAAAGGACACACAUCCUGGCCACUUGUCAAUCUCUACAUUGGCCCCCUGAUGCUGGACAACUGA